ACCUCCACGCGGUGAGAUCUGGGUCGGUACUACUUGCGGUAUAUAGAAUUUUAAACUUAAAUCAUAUGCAAAUAUAUGUUAUACCGCAAAUACUACCGAGCGAAUGGCUGCACAUCUUUAUGCGUUUCGAAAAUGUUUUUCUUUCAUAUUUUACUAGAUAUUAAAUUACUCUAAUUUUACAUUGUUAAUCAUGCGUCAAUAUAUAACCAGAUUAGAUUUUUUUUUUUGUUAUUAUUGGAGAUUUAAAUUUUAUUUUGAUUUUCAAAUAACAAAAAUAAAAAUAAUAUAAAAGAGUAGAAUUGCCGUUAAUCUGUAUAUAUAGUAAUCUCCACAUGGUAAGGUUUGAGGUUACUUAAUAUUACUUUUGAUGUAAUGUAUAUUAUAUUUUAUAUUUUAUGCAUUCCAUCACAAGUGAUAUGGACUGCUUAAAUAUUUUUUAGCUAUUUGUUUAUUUGUUGUAAAUUUAACUAGAAAUAAAAUAUAUAAAAUUUGUACAAUUAACGAACACUUUUCAAUUAAUCUGAGAAGUAUAAUUUAGAAUAUAAAUUUUUUUUGUUUUUAUCAGAUGUAUUACUAUUUUUAUUAUAUAUACAAAAAUGUUUAUCAUAUAUAGAUUGUUAAGUAUUACGUAAAAGAGAUAUAUAUAAUUUAUAGCUUAUACAUUAAUGCAAUAGUUUCUCUAUUAUGCUUGUAGUUCAUAUUUUGUCCAUACUUGUCGCUGAAGUCAUUUAAGCUAUGAGCAAAAAAUGAUGAACAACCUUAAUUAUUGUAUUGUUUAUAUAUAAAUAAUAAAUCAUUUCUAAAGUCAAAUAUUGGUAUUAAGUCUGUGAUAUUUAUUAUUUUAACAAAAAUUUAUUUAAAAAAAUUUUAGUAAAUAGCAAUAUACAAUCAUAAUAAAAAUGGUUGAUCUUGAAAAAUAUAAAACCAAUAUAAGUUUACCAAAACGAUUACAAUCUCCCGAUCCCAAAAAUGAAAAAAAUGAAAAAAUAAGUGGACCUGUUAUUAUUAAUAUGCAAAAAGCUUUUUAUGAUUUAAAAAUUUCCGAUAUAAAUAACAGAAUCCAGAGGUUACAAGAACGAAAUAAUGAACUUACAGAUAAUUGCGAAGAGAUAAAUUUACUUCUAAUUUCAACGGAUGCAGAAACUGCAAAUGAAAUUACCCAAUUGACACGAAAUUUGUCUAACGAAGUAACAAAAUUAGAAGAAAAUAAGAACACACUGAGUAUUCUAGAGGAAGGGAUAAUAAAUGAUAAAUUUUCUCAUAUUAACAAAAUGAAUUCUUUAAAUGAUAAAUAUACAAGAAAACGUUUAGAAUUAAUAUCAUUAAUUAAACCAUUAAGUAAUUAUUUUUAAUAUUAUUCUAUUUCUGUAUUUCUUUACAUAAAUAUGAAUACUGAAGCAACAAUAUAUACAACUUUAGAAUACAUUAUUAGAUGCAAAGAUAAAUAUGUUGGAAAACUAUAGAAAGUCACAAUCAGUUCUUCAAGAAAAAUUAGAAAAUAAAAACAUUUUUAUGCAACAGGAGGAAGAAAAAGUGGAACAACAAAUACAACAAAUUCAAUCGAAAUUUAAAUUUGACAGAGAAAAGCUUAAAAAGGACAUGUACAAUCGCCUUCUUGAUUCAGCUGGAAUUUUUCAAAUGGAAAUUUCUAAAUGUAUACAAGAACCUAUUCAUAAACUUGUAAGAGAAAAUAUUAUGUUAAAUAAUUAUUUAACUGAAAUUAUGAAUGGAAGUCUUGUUGAAAAAGAAAUAUUUAAAAAUUCCAAAUAUAUGAAGGAUGUACUUCUUAAGAAAAAUAAAUUAAGUUAUUUAGAUACCAGAUAUAAUAUAAAAGUUUUUAAAAUUCAAAAUCAUCUUUUGAAAUCCUUAAAAGAAGUUCAUAGUGAUAUAGAAAGACAUUUAAUUAAUUUCAAGGUUUUAAGUCCUAAUCUAGAGAAAGAUUUGAUUAAUAGAGAUUAUGCACAAAAACAAACCAAUAUUUCUGAAGUACGUGUAAAAGAAUUGGAAAUAAUGUUGUACAAAGAGAGGAUAGAAAUUAGUACUUUAAAAUAUAUACGAAAAAAGAUACAAUGUAAAAUUAAAAAAUGUAGGGAAACACUUUAUGAUGUUAAAUAUGCUGUAAUAUGUGCACUACAGAUGGCAAAUAGCGACUCUAAGUUUGCACAAGUGGAUAAAAAAAGUUUGUUGCUACAUUUACAAAAUAUUAUUAUAGAAGGUCAAGCCUACAUGUCAAAUAUUAUAAUUAAAUCGAUGGAAUCUAUACUGGAAUCAAGUAAUGUGUAUAUCUAUGGAGAUCUUGGAUUUGAACCAACAUCUAUUAAAUUAAGAGAAUCGACUCAGAUAGUAGAAAAUGAAAUAUUUACACCAAUCAUCUCAGAAAUUUUUAGUAUAAAAGAAUUGGAAGAACAAUCAAAAGAAGAUUUAAUAAAAGAUGAAAGUUUAACUAUAUUCGAGGCACCAACAGUUAAAGAACUUAUUGAAACUAAAUUUUCAAGUACAGAGGGUACAAUUUCUGAAGAAUUUGAAGUAACAGGAAUUGACAAUGAUGAAAUUUAAUAUGACUGAAAAUAGUCGAAAUUUAAUAUGUAUAAAAAAUAUAUGAUAAAAUAAAUUUAUAUUGAAAUUAUUAA